GAUAUCUUUCGGUGGGCGGUGUUUGACCCGUUUUAUCCAGCGGAUUUCACGGUCGACGUGUGCACCGGGUCACGUAAGAAUGCAUAAAAAUGGGCUGUGUUCGGGUUAAAUUAUGAAAGCGAAUCUAUCGAUCGAGAGAGCGUGCAGCGAGGAAUACAUCACGGCGCGAUAGCGCAAGGAUCCUAACCUUGUUUAAAAAUGAAGUCGGGCACCAUGGACAAACAUAGAGGCUCGACACUUUUAAAACCGGAAGAAAAUGAGCAAGUCUUUCAAUUAAUAGGAAAUCGAUGCCAGUGUUUAGCGGCAGGAGUUAUUCAAUUAUAUUUGACUGAACCGCCUUCCCAUAAAGAAUGGAUAAAGAAAACUACAGGUAUUAUAACACUGAUUAGGGAUAAUCCUAGGCGUAGCUUCUUCCUUCGUUUAUAUUGUCUGCAAAGGAGGGUAAUGUUAUGGGAACAUGAAGUGUACAAUGCAAUGGAUUAUAAAGCACCGUUCAUGUAUUUCCAUACAUUUGAAGCUGAAGACUCAAUGGCUGCUUUCAAUUUUGCAAGUGAAACAGAUGCCGUAACGUUAAGAAAUAUCCUUCUUGAUAAGCUCAAUGCAAAACGUCAAAGAAGGCAGCAAAGACGGUCUAAAAUGGAGGUAGAAGGUCAACAUGGUGCAACAUUACCAUUGAGGAAUCAGGGUGGUACAUCGCCUGCUGCGUUUAGCACAGGGUCGACCUCUAAUUUAUUAAAUGGAGGUCCAAGUACAAUGGGUGUAAAUAGAAGUGCUUCGAGUAGUUCCAUGUACAAAAGUAAAAAGAAAAAACGGGACAAAGCUAAACGAAAAUUAACGAAAGACGAUAUAGGGCCACCAUCCAAUUUUAGACAUCUAACACGCUUGAUAUUUAACGCUAAUAACGUGGAAAUCGAACGAGUGGAUCCACACUUGAAAAUUUUCCUGGACACAGCAGGUGUGUCGGAACAUCAGUUCAACAAUCGGGACACACGGGAUUUUAUUUACGAUUUCAUUGAAAAGAACGGAGGCAUGAAUGCCAUUCGAGAAGACAUUUCAUCGUUUAUCUCGAAACCUAGUGUACAGCAACUGCAACAACAGCAGCAGCAACAACAACAACAACAACAACAAGCACCUCCCCCUGUAGCACCUCUAAGACAGGAAUUCCCUCCGCCAGUUCCUGCACGAACAGUACCUCAUCAGACGAGAAGCGCUCCAUCACUACCUCCAAGUCGACUUCAUGCGCCCUUAACGCCACCAAGUGCACCGCCAGUGCAUAGAACAUUACCAUCGCGACCUCCGCCACCUUCUUUGACUACGGCACCGACACUGCCGCCGCCUCCACCUCCGCCUCCACCGGCCCCGGCUCCACCUUCCAGAAGUAAUUCGAGUGUCCCUGUUCCACCUCCACCGCCGUUGCCUGCAUUAGUAAACAUCGAUGAAGGAACUGUCAAUACAAGUGCUACGAAUAAUAAUAAUAAUAAUAAUAAUAAUAGAAAUAAUAAUAACGACGAGAAUCCUGAUCCCAGAUCGAUGCUCAUGGAAUCGAUCAGAAGUGGCACCACGCUUAGGAAAGUUGAAAAAGCGGAACCGAAACAAGCUCCCCCACCGCCAGACACUAGAAAUGCUUUACUGCAACAAAUUCGUCAGGGAGUUGAGUUGAGGCCUGUAUUGAACGAAGCAAAGUCUAAGACAAGUUCGGUAUCUCAAGGAGGACUGGCUAGUGCUCUGUCAAGAGCUCUAGCUGAACGAUCAAGUGCAAUCCAUAGUGAAAGUGAUGAAUCGACUAGUGAAACCAGUGAGGACGAUGAAUGGGAUGAUUAACUCUGAUGGAAUAUACAACUCGAGGAAUACAAUAAUGUACCACUGUGAUAAAUCUGCUAUUGAUAAACAUUUAAACAGAUUAGCUACUGUAAAUGUGUAAUGUAACGAUUUUGAAUUUGAUAUCCAAAGAAGAAUGAAAAUCAUAUACGAAUGUUCCGAAGAAAAAAUAAGGAAUCCGUUAAAUGUGUUAUCAGAAAGUAAGGCACAAUCACGUGGAUAGGGCAGGUAAGGGCAGAAUAAUGGUUCUGGUAUUGUUUCGGGAAAAUGUUACGUG